GCACUAUGAGCAACGCCGUUGAUUCAAGGUCUCCAUUGGAACUAGACCGUGAACGUGUGACAUGUCUUCUUCUAAUCAAUACCCAGCUAAUGAAGAAAGCGAUUAACAUCUAUCACAAUAUAUUGAGCAACCAACAAGCACUACAACAACUUCCACCACAAGCAAAGCAAUCAAUGAUAGAAUCAUACCAGAACUGUACCCGAAGAAUACAUUGCAAUUUGACUGUGCUUAGUUAUAUUCAUGAGAAGUAUCACACCGAUGUAGCUGCACAACAGGCUUCUCAGAAUAAAACAACGUUCCCCAUCAUGAUGUCACCACCACAAGACAUGCCAGAAUUGAACCAGCUAUACACAAAGCUCCAGGAAUUGUAUCCGGAUGCCUUCCAGUACUUGAAGAUGAAAAUUAACCAGAUGAAGAAGCAGCAACAAGCACAGUCUCAGCAGUCACCACAGGGUCAGCCCCAACAGAUGGGCCAAAGACCGGUUUCUGGCCCAGGGGGAGUGGGAAGCUCUAACCCGAUGAUGACAUCUGGUGCCCAAGUCAACCAGCGACCACCUGGAGGUCCCUCUGGUGGACAAAUAUCCGGAAUGAAAGAUUCACAGUUCGAUUUCGUUCAGAUGGGCGGAAUGAAUCCCCAAAAUUCGAACUUCAAUGUCAACAAUAUACCCCCACAGAUCCAAAAGCAACAAAUCCAGGGCCAAGCCAUAUCACCACAGCAGAUUCUUCAACAGAUGAAUGGUGACCAGGGAAUGGAAUCUAACGAUAAUAACAGUAUGAUGGAUUUUUUCAAUGCUUGAUCAUCAUCACUAUGUAAUAUAACUUAUUUAAUGGUCCAGCUACGUCGGCCAGGGACCUUCUGACACUGUAUAAUAUUAUUAGCCUAAUAAUACAUCUAUUCUUAACCUCCU